AUGGCAGAGGACAAUUAUUUCCGUCAUACAUAUUAUCCCAACAGUGAUAACAUACCCGCGGGACACCUGGAUAGAAAUCCCUUUGGAAGAUCCGUAGAACAGCGUGUUUAUGACGAUGCUAAUACCUCUGAAACAGACGCUGAACUUCGUGCAAAAUAUGAAGUUAAAAAUAUUCUAAGACGUUCAGUGGUGUACACAGGAGAUCGACAAACAUCUUACAUUAAACCGUCAAAUCAGAACGCUGACAGAUCUAACCCGAUGUCAAAUGGAAAAGUUUCAACAAACAAUCAACAUCUCUACAGACAGAAUAAAUUCAGAGCAACAAUGCCAGCGCAAAACGUCACAGGAGAUCCCAAGUCUUCAGUUAAACGACUGGGGUUGUCCAGAAAUCCGUAUGGCGCAAAGAUGUAUGAUUUUGAUGAUAUUGGAACUCGAAGAAACAGUGACGAGUAUCGUCAAAGAGAUGUGGAAUCGGACAGCAAUGAUGACAGAGGACGCAUGACUCAAUACCGCCAGGAAAAUGAUAAAACCCUGAAAAAUGUUGGAAGCAGAAAGACGAAACAGAGGCAAGAUAAGAUGUCUGAACACAGUGAUGGUACCAGCAUGUUCAAUCGUCAGAUAGCAACACGUUGGAGCACACGAGGUGCAGAUUAUGAUGCGUUGUCUGGGAGGUUAAGUCUAAAUGAUAACAACUGGUGGCUGGAUAUUUCGAACGGCACAACUGACACACACACAUCAGAUGAUGCUUCAGCCAAAGACGACGACGAGAAAGUUCCUUGGUGGAAAAGCAUAAAAGUUGUAUUCAUUGCUUUCUUCGUGACUCUGUUCGCCGUGAUAACAGUUUCUAUCAUCUUCCUCAGCAUUCCUAACACACGGUUGGUUGAACAGGCAAAAGACGUAAGUGUGGAAAUGAGUAUAACAUUGAAUGAAACAUUCAAACCAGAAUAUAACGACUUCAACUCUACGGAAUUCAAGAGUUUUCAAACUGAAUUUUGUGAAGAGGUACGACAAGCAUAUACAGCUAAUAACAGCGUCUUUAAGGAUCAAUACAAGUCCUGUGUUGUCACUGGAUUAACGUAA